AUGCCUGCUCUCCCAUAUCAACCUUCCCCGACCCAGGAUACCAAGUAUCUACGUCGCGAGCGUCCUCUGUCCUAUCAACAUGUAUUCUGCGAGUUCAAUACGCAACCCUCGAAUAAUUACGGGUUCCCAGAACCGGGUGUUCAGUCCCCCACCGCCGCUCAGGCGGCUGGAAAAGACUUCUUUGUAUCAGACAAGACAUGGAGAGACAUUUGCGAUCACUCUGAUCUCGACUUUAUUGUCAUCGGUUCAGGUUUCACUGCGCUCGCAUUUAUUGAUGAAACGUUGAAGCGGGAUCCGCAUAAGAAAAUACUUUGUAUUGAAAGAGGAGAUUUUUGGCUUCCAGAUCACUUCCAGAACUUGCCCAUUCCAUUCAAAUAUAUUCUUGGUGGGCCGAGUGAGACAUUCCCGUUCUCACUGUCCAGAGAAACAUACCAGAGCGACGUCAAAUUUGUGCAUGGAUACACUCCAUUUUUUGGCGGACGAUCGAUAUUUUGGUCUGCCUGGUCCCCGAGCCCCGCACCUGAGCUCAUGCGCAACUGGCCGAAGUCUUUGCUAGACACGGCAAGAGAGCCCCAGUUCUUCGGUCGUGCCAGCGAGCUUCUAAGAGUCACAAAGUCGACGGAGAUAGGGCCGCCAUAUGCUCAGCUCCAGAAACAGAUUCACGAACGAUUGUCCGCAUUGAAGUCAGUCAAUCAGCACCUCAAACUUGAAGUGUAUCCUGCUCCGCUGGCGGUUUCUUCCAUUGCAAAGACGGCAACAGUACGCUUCACAAAGUUCUCGACUCCGGGCCCGCUCCUGUCCCUUUAUGACCUGCAGCAGAAGCAUGCGCGUGACAACACCGGUGCGCCACUGUUGAUCGCCACCAACGCAGCUGCGCAAUACUUAGGAAUUAACGUCGGCUUUCCCCCACCUCACAACGUCAAGAAAGAUAAAGAUGUCAAAUUUGUGCGCACAUCUCGUGGAGAUCUUCCACUCAGGCUGGGACAAGAGCCUGCCAAAGUGAUUCUUUGUGCUGGAGCAUUUCCCAAUACCACCCUCCUCCUUAACAGCUUCCCCGACGAACCCCGCAUCAAAAAAAACGCGGGGUCCAGAGUGACUGGUCACUUUCUUUCGCAUGUUGUCGCUCGCAUCAAAAGAAGCGCAUUCGCCGACUUGAACGAAAAAAGCAUUGACAUAGGUGCAGAAUAUGUGGCAGGGCAGCACCCGGAUACAAAGUUGCAAUAUCACAUUCAGAUUACCGCAGUUGCAUCUCCUGAUCCAGGGCAAGACGUUGAAGAUGCCGCGCGCUUCUGUCCGGACUAUGCUGCUUCAGCAACGGAAGAACAACUACGCGGCUCGGAAGAAUACGUUAUCUUUGUAUGUGCGACGCUCGGGGAGCUGAGUGAGGACAAUGCGCAAAACUUCUUCCGCAUUCCGAAUCAAACCUUGACGGAUGAUCCGACGGCCAAUUGUGUACUGCAGGUCUUGCUUAGCGAAAAGGACGAACGGCUCUGGGACGCGAUGGAUGCUGAGACGUUCGCCGCGAUCCAAAUUAUGGCCGGUCUCCAGAAACUUGAACCGCUCGAAUGGUGGCACCAGCCAAAACCCUGGGACAAACCGGGUCACUGGAGUCGCGAGCUCCCCAAGAAGGAAACUAUCAGGAUGGAGGGUAUUGUUCACGAAGCGUCGUCUUUACCUCUUGGAGAAGGCGAUGACUACUGCAUUGAUACGGAUUAUAGAGUCAAAGGAACAACCAACGUUUAUGUCACUGGAUCAGCGAUUUUCCCAACCGCGGGAUCCUGGAAUCCCACGUUAACUGUGUGUGGAUACGCGCAAGAUCUCGCUCGAAAGCUGACUCCAUACAAAUGA